UCCACAAAAAAUCAUAACUACGUCUCUAAAAUCCCAAUUAGUUUCACCUAAAACCAGUUUCUAUAAAUAAUUAAGUGAACCGCUCAAAAAGUCUACAUUGUUAUCAGAUAUCGACCCAUCACUUAAAAUUAUCUACUGUCACACCGUCAAUAAUUUGAAACAUCCAAUUAUGGAAUAAUCUAAUUAAAAAAAUAUAAUAUUUCGAGUCUAAUUAAAAUUAAUUCAAUAAUAAUCCAACUAAAAUGAAUUCAUGUAACCGUAUUAGUUUAUUUAAUUAAAUUAAAUUUCCUGUAAUUAAAAAUCGGCUGAAUAAAUAAUUCCGGGGCCUAAAAAAUGGAUUCACCCGUUGAAUGUAGUUCCACUCCUCAUGGAAAUGAGAAUGCAGUGGAAAUAAUUCGUCAUGGUCUGCGAAGAACAGCUGAGAAUGAAAGGAGAGACCAUCGAAAUCGAGAGUUCAAUAAACUCCGGAGAACAGCAUUGGGUGUGAAUGAAAAUGUCUCGAGCCAAUGCGAAUGGACAGGAAAGUCUCUCCUCCAAAAGGGAAAGGAUCUCAAAAAAAAGACAUUAUCAAUUAACGAUUACAAACAACUGGAAGGUGCUCUCCUCCAGGACGAGAACAUCAAGGAGUUCCUGUCUAUCGAUCAGAUAUUAUCUGCAGUUGUUCGUGAUCUUUCCAGUUCUAAUCCUGAGAUACAACUGCUGGCAUUGCACUGCUGUUGCAACAUCGCCCUGGGGGACGUCAUCCAUUCAAUUUUGUUGUGUAAAUAUAUCGGACCGUAUUUAAUUACGCAAUUAGAGAGUCGUAAUAAUCCUCUUUUGGAAGCAAGUGCCUGGACCAUUGGGAAUCUCUGCAACAGUGGCUCGAAGGAAAUCAUAAAAGCUCUAAAUGAUUUAGGAUGCCUCAAUCGUCUCUCUUCGCUCUUGCAAUCCUGUCAAAAACAGAUAAUCCCUUCAGUCUCGUAUGCCCUGAAAUUCUAUUUAUUCGGGAAUUCUUCCUCCGAAAUUAUGAGAGAAUCCGAUUUUAUUCUGGUGACACAGAUCGCAGUGGAUCGUCUUCUCGAGGAUCACAUGUCAUCUGAUUUACUCUGGCUUCUGGCAUUGCUGUCAUCGACGGCUGUUUGUAGGAAUCAUCUGUCCAGAAUCAUCCCCUCGAUUUUAUCGAAUCUAAUGCAUCUCCAGGGAAAUGAAAGAGAAGCGGAAUGCCGGAUUGGAGAAAUCAUUGCCAGCGUGAGAAUUCUGGCGAAUUUAAUAGCUGAGGAUUCAGGGAAUUCCGCGGGUUUUAUUCUCACGCAGAAAUCCAAUUCUAGUCGAUGCAAAAUUGAAGAGUUAUUCAAUAAAUUAUUGACACAUCCACAUUUUUCUGUGAGGAGGGAAACUCUUUGGAUGAUAGGUAAUAUCUAUAAUCAUCCGGCCUUGAGCGUGCGUAAGACGUUGGAAAAUCAUAUGAAAUUCUUGGACUUCUCUCGCGCUGUGGAUUGCAGAUAGAAUAAUGAGCCGGAGAUUAUCGACCAGCACUGGCGAAAAUGUACAGAGAAAUAUGUGAAAGUGGCACAAUAAUGUCCACAACGGCUUAGGAAAGGGGGUCGACCGACUUUCCUUCGUUCUUGGCCUCAUCUCGGAGUUCCUUGAUUGUUUAUUCUAGGAAUUGUGAUAUCAACUGCACCAAACUGAUAAUUUCUGAUUAUAAAAUACAUCAAAUCAUUUUCAUUCUGCUGGAGAACAUCUUCUUCAUUAAUCCAUAAUAAUUUCGUAAUUGUUCGUCAUUGUUUAUUUAUUUUAACAAAUUGUCCACCAGAAAUUGUUGUAGAAUUAAUUCUUGAAUACUGUAUAGAUUUUUCAUUGUAAAUGAAACAGAGAUGAAAUUUCAGAAGAAAUCGAUCCAACCAUUCCAAAAAAAAAUACGAGACAAUCACAAAUUUAUUUAUUACCCAAAAUUUUUUCAGAAAUCUAGUAUUUUACAUCAAUUUAGAAAUUAAUGCAAUCAGUCUGUACGAAAGCAAUUAAUUCAUCUCUGCGAGAUUUUCCAAGAAUGCGGAAAAAUAUUUCUUGUUUCGAUGGAAAUCAAAUAU